AUGACAUGGCCCGACAAAAUCACCGUCUACCACCGACUCACCCAAAAUCCCUCCGAUACUCUGAACAAAUCAUACUUCCAGCAAGAAGCUUUGAUCCUGUCGGAAUACAAACAGCGUCCAGCCGCACGAGUCAUCGAGCAGAAUUACCUAUACGACUACACACAACUUCGCAAAACGAAUACUCCGCCGGAAUUCAUUCUGCGACAGUUCCAAGAGACAUGGGCGCUGCAAGAAGAGAGUAAAAAGCAAUGGCAGCAGCAAGUUGCGAAUAUCGAGAAUGAGGUGCGCAGGUUGGAGUUGGAGAGUUGGGAUAAUCCGGAUGCCGUUGAAGAUAUGGGGUCUGCUGGAUAG